GCCGCCGCCAUGGAGUCGAACCGGGACGAGGCGGAGCGGUGCAUUGGCAUUGCGCUGGCCGCCAUCAAAGCCAACCAGCCCGACAAGGCUCGCCGCUUCCUGGAGAAGGCGCAGCGCUUGUACCCCUCGCAGCGGGUCCGCGUUCUGCUUGAGUCACUCAACAAGAAGGAGCAGUCAGCCAAUGGGCAGUCCCAGCCCAGGGAAUCCACCAACCCUCAGUUCAGGAAAAUGAGUGGAGAUUUCCCAUCAGCCAACGGAGAGGCUGGGGGGGAGGCCCCCAAGGGCUACACUCAGGACCAGCUGGAUGCAGUGAAGAGGGUAAAGCAGUGCAAAGAUUACUAUGAAAUUCUGGGAGUCAGCAGAGAAGCUUCUGAUGAGGAUCUGAAAAAGGCCUACAGGAAACUGGCCCUGAAGUUCCACCCGGACAAGAACCACGCACCAGGGGCCACAGAGGCAUUCAAAGCCAUCGGGAACGCGUACGCCGUGCUGAGCAGCCCCGAGAAGAGGAAGCAGUACGACCAGUUCGGGGACGAGAAGCUCAGCGCCGCCCGCCACGGCCACGGCCACGCCGACUUCCACCGCGGCUUCGAGGCCGACAUCUCCCCCGAGGACCUCUUCAACAUGUUCUUUGGGGGGGGCUUCCCUUCCAGCAAUGUGCACGUGUACAGCAAUGGCAGGAUGAGGUACACCUACCACCAGAGGCAGGACAGGAGGGAGCACCAGGGGGAUGGUGGCCUUGGGCUGUUUGUCCAGCUGAUGCCCAUCCUCAUCCUCAUCAUCGUGUCAGCUCUCAGCCAGAUGAUGGUCUCCAGCCCACCCUACAGUUUGAGCCACAGGCUGUCUGUGGGUCACACACACAGGAGGGUCACAGAGCACUUGAAAGUCCCCUACUACGUGUCCGAGAGCUUUGCCGAGGAGUACACGGGCACGAACCUGAAGAACGUGGAGCGGAGCGUGGAGGACGACUACAUAGCAAACCUUAGGAACAACUGCUGGAGGGAGAAGCAGCAGAAGGAAGGCUUGUUGUACCGGGCACGCUACUUCGGGGACUCGGACCUGUACCAGCGGGCACAGAAGAUGGGCACCCCCAGCUGUAGCAGACUGUCAGACGUCCAGGCCUCCCUGCACGGAUAGUGCCAGCCCAAGAGCCUGGAAAAGCUGCUGCCUGUGCUGUGGGGUGGGAAGCGAGGGGGAGUCCCAGACUGGCCUGAGACUGACACCGCUGCCGCUUUUGUUCCCAGAGCGUCCAAACGCCCGAAGACUUUGGGGAAGUGCACUGAGCCGAGGUGACAGACUUUGCUCUUUAAAAAGAAUCAAACCUUAUAUUAAACAUGGAAUUGGAGAAUUAGCAACGCACAACUGCCCCUCUUUCUUCUCUUUGCCUCUCUCUGGCGAUGGCAGGCAGCGCUUGGGACAGGAAAUCCAGCUCUCUGUCUUCCUCCUCCCCUCCCGACGCUGCUGGCGUGCUCCCAGGAUCCCACAAGGAUCCCACAGCCCCUGGAACAGACACACAGACUGUAAAAUAACCCAAACUAACUGCAGAAGCCUGAAGCAGGAGACCCUUCGCUGCUGCCAAUGGAGAGAGAAGUGGGAUUUGUUGAUAAAAGAAGACACUAAAGAAAAAGAAAAUAUGAUCUAUUUAGCAUUAAUUUAUAGCUGUAUAUAUGUUGUACUUUUAAACUAUGCAGGGGUUGGAUGAUUAAAUUAUUUUGGUUUCUGCCCAUUUUGGGGAGCAGGGCAGCAGGAAGCCUCCUCCCAGCGUGUCUCUGUCCACAGCACUUUCCUGCCUGGCAAACAGGAAUCCCUUUGCAGCUGCUGUCCUUUGCUCCUGGGAGGACAUUGUGUGGAUGGGGACAUGCAUACACCUGCUCUUGGGGUUCUGAUCCCAGCAAACCCCAAAGGUGCAGGGCUCCCAGAGAAGGGGGAGCCCGUGCAGAGCCGUGGAUCUGCAGCGUCGGCGGAGCCGGGGUCAGCUGAGCCGCUCGCCGGGGGAAGGAUUGUCCUGGAUGGAUUUUGCUCGUCAGUCUUUGGUUGAUUUGUGCAUGUAACUCCUUUUUCUGCCGAGUCUGCUGGAAUUGUGCCUGGUAAUCAGCGUGCUCCGGGCAGAGAGGGCUUUCCAACAGCCCUUUGUUGGGAGGUUUUGUGCUCAUCCCUCCAGGCGGGUGCAGCCGGCCCUGCCCUCACACCCACCUCGUGUUUCCUGCAGGACACCUGGAAAGGCCACAGAUCCAUAAGGAACAAAGCAUUC